CCGCCGCUGCCGCCGCAGCCCCGGGCAUGUCGUCCAACUGCACAAGCACCACGGCGGUGGCGGUGGCGCCGCUCAGCGCCAGCAAAACCAAGACCAAGAAGAAGCAUUUCGUGUGCCAGAAAGUGAAGCUAUUCCGGGCCAGCGAGCCGAUCCUCAGCGUCCUGAUGUGGGGGGUGAAUCACACGAUCAAUGAGCUGAGCAAUGUCCCUGUCCCUGUCAUGCUAAUGCCAGAUGACUUCAAAGCUUACAGCAAGAUCAAGGUGGACAAUCAUCUCUUCAAUAAGGAAAACCUUCCCAGCCGCUUCAAGUUCAAGGAGUACUGCCCCAUGGUGUUCCGAAACCUCAGGGAGAGGUUUGGCAUUGAUGACCAGGACUACCAGAACUCAGUGACACGCAGUGCCCCUAUCAACAGUGACAGCCAAGGCAGGUGUGGCACACGCUUCCUCACCACCUAUGACCGGCGCUUUGUCAUCAAGACCGUGUCAAGUGAGGACGUGGCUGAGAUGCACAACAUCUUAAAGAAGUACCACCAGUUCAUAGUGGAGUGUCACGGCAAUACCCUCUUGCCACAGUUCCUAGGCAUGUACCGCCUGACUGUGGAUGGUGUGGAAAUGUACAUGGUUGUCACCAGGAAUGUGUUCAGUCAUCGGCUUACCGUACAUCGUAAAUAUGACCUCAAGGGUUCUACUGUUGCCCGAGAAGCGAGUGACAAGGAAAAGGCCAAGGAUUUGCCAACAUUCAAAGAUAAUGACUUCCUCAAUGAAGGACAGAAGCUGCGCGUGGGAGAGGAGAGUAAGAAGAACUUCCUGGAGAAGCUGAAGCGGGACGUUGAGUUCCUUGCCCAGCUGAAGAUCAUGGACUACAGUCUCCUGGUGGGCAUCCACGAUGUGGACCGGGCGGAGCAGGAGGAGAUGGAGGUGGAAGAGCGAGCGGAGGACGAGGAGUGUGAGAAUGAUGGGGUGGGCGGUGGCCUGCUCUGCUCCUACGGCACACCUCCAGACAGCCCUGGCAACCUCCUCAGCUUCCCCCGGUUCUUUGGCCCAGGCGAGUUCGACCCCUCAGUCGACGUCUACGCCAUGAAAAGCCAUGACAGUGCCCCUAAGAAGGAGGUCUACUUCAUGGCCAUCAUCGACAUCCUCACACCUUAUGAUACUAAGAAGAAAGCUGCACACGCUGCCAAAACAGUGAAACAUGGGGCAGGGGCUGAAAUCUCCACUGUGAAUCCGGAGCAGUACUCUAAACGCUUCAAUGAGUUCAUGUCCAACAUCCUGACGUAGUCGUCUCUACCUUCUGCAGGGCCAGACUGCUGGACAAGGGGUCGGGGAUCGGGAGAGGGAAAGGGUGUAUUUGGGCUAGAAGGGCGGGUG